CUCCCUCUCGCGGCAACAGCCUCCUCCUGCAGAAAACUAAACCCUCUCUUGUUGGACAGCUGCACCCUGACGACCCCACUGGAGAUAGAUAGAGCAUAGCCAGAGAGACGGCACAGGUAUUGCAAAUGGGCCUUUCAACAGGAGUGAUUGCUGCUAUCGCAGUCGUUCUGGGCUUGCUGGUCGCCGCAGUCGCCCUCGCCCUAUACCGUCGCCGCAAAACUCAACUUGGAAGCAAACCUCGUUCGCUCUCUGCUGUGGAGCAGGGAAAUGGCAGGAGUACACCGCUGGGACCCGUCCGACGGUCUGUGAGUUGGAAGGCUGUGGAGAAGGAUGCCCAAGUGAAAAUAAGCACCACCCAAGCACCUGUCGCACCUGCGGUCGAUGUGACCACUUCAGCGCCCUCGACAAAUUCCAGCGAGAUGCCCAAUUGCAGCACCACCAACCUCCUCAGUUCCGCUGCCGUCCACGCCGGAACCGAGUCUAAUUCUACUCCCCUCGAAAACCGACCAACGUCACCGACGGUCGAACCAAAGACGCCUGAACCUGCCACCCCCCAAACUCCCGAACCACAAACAUCAAAGACGCCCGAACCCCCAACUUCGGAUUCCCCACAACCGCCUCGCUCGGUGAAAUCCAGGACAAACAGCCAGAAGACUCUGCGAUCGGACGUGGACAUUCCUGGCCGGUCGACUAGUCAUACUGCAAGUAAGGAGGAUGAGGUGCAAGUCCCCAGUUUGAAGGGGAUGGUUGCUGCCGGACACUGGUUCAAGCGAUCAAAAGCUGAUGAAGUUGCUGUUAAAGUCGGGGACGCCAUCACAGUCUACACAGUCUACAAAGACGCCUGGUGCUUCGCAAUGAAUUGGAGUUCUGGCCAAUCCGGAGUCAUGCCCGUCGCAGUCGUAUCUCUCGACGAAGCGACAAAUCUCUUGCAAAGAUUCCCGCCCGUGUCCGAAGACCUUCUCCCGCCCGGUGACGCUGUUACCCCUCCACCAGCAAGCAAAGCCAAUCCACCACGCAGAUCCACCGACAGCCACCGCGCGGUGGUGGUGUCACCCCAGCGUUCUGAGCGGUCCGAGCUCAACCGAUCGUCGUCUCUUCUGUACAGCUCGCCACCGAUUGCCCGACCUGCCCCGCUGCCCUCCGUCGCAUCCUCUGCCAUGUCGAGUCAUUGGGGCGCGCAAGGUGUGCGUGGGACCGACAGAAAGUUGUACAAAUUCCCUUCUCAGCAGUUCAGAUCGACGGUCUCGUUGAUCGACAACCAGCAAUCACCAUCGCAGAAGUCUCCGUACCAUAUGGCGGGGAACAAGCAGUACCGACCGGAUUUCCUCCGGAGUGCGGACAGCUUGCUACCUAACAACAGAGGGAUGCCGAUGACGCGAGCUGUUGCCUCAAAUGCACCGGGGACGCCAGAGUCGGGAAUCUCAAGUCUCGCUGCGAGUUACUUUGCCGCCAUCUCCCAGCUCGAAGAAAACGACGCAGACGAAGCCGCCGCAAAGCAGCUACAAGCCACAGCAUCCGACCUUGCCGAAUCCGUCACCGCAAUCUCAGACCUGCAGUCCGACAGCGGCAGCAAAGACCCCGGAGCACAGCGGAGGGCACGGCAGCUUGUCACAGAAAUUAAACGCAUCUCCCAACCCAGCGUACGACGAGACGAGCGCCGAAAAUCCAUCGUCGAGUUGAGAUCCGAGCUGGAAAAAUUCUUCGACGACGUGUUCAUCGAUGCUGCGACGACGGCUGGCGGGCCUCCUCCGCCGCUUCCGGAGAUCCCGGCUGUGUACAGGCAGGAGACCGCGCUGGUUACGCCUUCACCCGCCCCGCCGGAGCCCCUCGCUCUGCUCCCGCGGCCAACAUCGACAUCACCUCCCCCGGCCCAAGACCUCUCACAAGCAAACGAGACCGCGCCAACAUACCCAACAACAGAAGACGACGAUACACCCCUCUCCCAACUUGCUCCAUCUGUCCUCCCCCCUCGGACACCGUCACCAUCCCUCACACCCCCUCCCCCGUCCUCGUCCCCGCGCUCCGUCUCCCCGCAUCAACGGAACCCGUCGGAUGAAUCAACAGGCUCGGUGGUUGUGAAUCAUGCGGUGCGGCAGGGGAGCAGUAUGGAUACGUUUAGACGGUCGGCGUCGUCCGCGUCGCCUGUUAGUACUGAGAGUACAUUGUAGAGAGACGCACCGCUCUACAGUCAUCUAUAAAUCCCCCUGCAUGUUCCAAAAAUUUCGGCGUACAACACUUUGAGGGAAAUUGUUUUGACACACACUAUAGAGAUAGAUAGGUCAUACCGUAGAUAGAUUCAUUUGAUAAAUGUACAGAAUUUGUUUCAUCAAAAGUGUUCGACAUUGAUAAUAUUGACUUUUCGACUCGCUUCAUGCUCGUACGAGGAAGGACAUCUCGAAUGUGGGAGGAUAUACGAUCGUGUCUCCCAGUAAUGGCCGUACGACAUGGACCUGCCUUUGCGAAUCACUAUCGCCUAUUGUAAUUUCACUGAAGAUGCCUUCACCUUGACUAG